AUGGCCAUUGAAUAUCUCCAAGGACCACUCCUUUGCCAGUGUGAGCAGAGCUGCUCGCCGGCUGUGGUGCCCAAGGGCAGUACAUGCAAGCUUACAGCAGGUCAGUGUGUGUGCGAGAACGGCACUUGCGAUCCAGAUACCGGCGUCUGCUCGUGCAACGAUGGAUUCACUGGACCAACAUGUGACCAAGCCUGCACGGGUGGCACAUAUGGUGCCUACUGCUUGCUGUCCUGCAAUUGCCUUCACAACGGCACCUGUGAUGCGGCCACAGGAAAUUGCACAUGUCCUCCAGGGUACCGAGGUGACAGAUGUGCGGAAGAGUGUACAGAUGGAUUCUACGGAGCUGGAUGUGCAUCAAACUGUACAUGUGAAAGCAAGAUGGACGUGUGCAACCAUGUGACCGGAGAGUGCACAUGCCGUGCAGGGUACCAAGGACAGAGAUGCGACAGUACGUGUGCAAACGGUUCGUUUGGUGUAAUGUGCAACACGCAGUGCAACUGUAACACAUCCGUUGCCAGUUGCGACACCGUCGACGGGUCGUGUGAAUGCAAACCAGGUUACUUUGGCAACACGUGCGAGCAACAGUGCCCGGUGGGUACGUACGGGGCGCUGUGCAAGCAGACGUGCCGCUGCUCCAACAACGCCACCUGCCACCACCUCACCGGCGAGUGUCGGUGCACGCCCGGGUUCGAGGGCAGGACGUGUGACCACACGUGCGUUUCGGGUCUCCAUGGCGAGGGGUGCGGGGAGCAGUGCCAGUGCCGGAAUAAUGCCACGUGUAGACACACUGACGGCGCGUGUACUUGCCAGCCAGGAUGGACAGGCAAGAAUUGCUCUGAGCCGUGUGAGAGUGGUCGCUUUGGACAAGACUGCAUUAACACAUGCACAUGCCUCAACGAAGCCACAUGCAGCGCCACUACCGGUGCAUGCCAGUGCCCUAGCGGCUGGUAUGGAGCACGUUGCCAGUGGCAGUGCGCUAGCGGCACGUUCGGUCGUAACUGUGCCCAGAAGUGCAAAUGCGACCUCAGCAAGUCAACGUGUGACCGAUCGACCGGAGAAUGCAAGUGCUGGAUACCUGGUGUCACUGGAACGUUCUGCAAUACUACCUGUUCCCAAAUGACAUGGGGUAUUGACUGCCAACACACAUGCCAGUGUCAGAAGGGAAGUGACUGUGAUGCGUCCAACGGUGAAUGCACAUGUCCGGAGAAGACCAAUCUCAAAGGAGUCCAUUGUAAUAGUCCAUGCGAGGAUGGCAGCUGGUCUCCACCGGGCUGUGCAAGCAGCUGUGCAUGUGACAACAACGGAACAUGUCACCACGAGACUGGACAAUGCCUGUGCACACCUGGUUACAUCGGCGAUACAUGUCAAUCAAAGUGUCCUAGCGGUUACUAUGGUGAUGGCUGUCUUGGCAAGUGUCCUGACUGUGAUCCAGCAUUCAACAGUGGUUCGUGUAAUCAUGUGACAGGACAGUGUAACUGCAUUGACGGAAUGUCUCCUGUCCAUCUCUGCCGACAAGCAUGCCUGCCAGGAACGUUCGGCGAGAAAUGUUCACAGAAGUGUGACUGUGAUGGCAGAGAGAACACAAUGUCAUCGGACUGUGAUCCCACCAGUGGUCACUGCUAUUGUGUGGAAGGCUUCUCCGGACACCUGUGUACUGUGAAAGAUACUGGCAAUUCAUCUGCCGACCCCACUCUGAAGCGUGCCAGCUCCUCUGGCUCAGUAGCGACGGGUGUAGGGAUAACAGUUGCGCUACUUGCCAUUCUGCUUCUCGUCUUCGUUGCCCUGCUGGUGUAUCGCUAUCGCAAGCGCAAGGCAAAACUGCAGACUGACGGCUCACAGAUCCAGUACUUCUCCAAUAACCAGGUGAUCCACGCGGAAACGGAAGAGCCCUACGCGAUCCACAACAACACGACGAGACGUGACACUGCCCAGGAGUCACCGUACUCCACUAUCCCGCCUACCAACAACACCAAGCUGGAUCAGGCCGACCUAAUUGGUCUCAACAGUCCAUAUGUGGACAUGCAAGGCGGGAGCACUGCUGCUGCGGCAACCACCCAACGCAACCUGAUGCCUAGCCCACCGGACACGAGCGGGCGCCAUACACCUGCAGGCUAUGGCACUCUGGAUCCAGCCGUGGUGGCCAAGCAGCAAAUCCUGGAGGCUCAUGACAAUUCUGAACGCUUGCGAGAGGAGAUUCCCGAUGAGUAUGUCAGCCCAGCCAAGUUCAACUUGGCCACCAACCUGUGAAGUAGUCAGACAUUUUCUUAGUCAGCACAGUCAAAAUACCAGAAUACUGGCCUGUCGGAACUGAAUGGCCAGUACCAUGGAGACACCAUUGUGACUAUCCAGCGGCAUGGCUCCAGUUCUCAGCGUCGCCCACAUGCUACAUACACGCUUCACCAUGCCAGGUUAGCUGCCUUUACGACUAUCAGGCUGUUUUAUUUACUCGGAAAUCACUCUAUACACGUAUCGUUGAUAUUCGCAACCAAGCUAGACUCUGGGCCCUUGGUAAUCGCUACAUAUAAGUCAUUCAACGUAUCAGUCGUGCGUGCCCGCUGAGCACUGCCCCUGGACAUACAGUGGUGCCGUGCAGCUGCCAGCCCCCAACAAUGAUAUCUCCCGCUGCGCACUCCAUGCACUGAUCUCUUACGCUUGCGAUUUGCGACAUGCAAUGCAGUACUUGGCAGCAGCCAUUCUUCUUUGGGAGGCACUCGCAUUGUUCUCAGAUCCAGGUAACUUAGUGCACGUAGGUGGUACAUGUAGAUUAUACUUCCGAAAAAUUAUACUUUGAAUUAUUUAUAUUGAGCAUGAUCUGCAUUGAUGCAGUGAGCUGCUUGCAAGCCACAGUUGUAAAAUGGUUUCAAUCUGUAUAUCUAAUCUCUAUACUACAUGCAUGCCAGUUCAUAAACAAUUACAUGUACACGGCAUACCCGUAUGUGCUAUG